AUCUUGUUCGGUUUCCCUUGAAUUUAGGCCUCACGUCCACCAACUCACUCUGUGUCUCUCUGUGUCUCUCUCUAACGCAACCCAUUACCCAAACACAAAGACAUACGCUCAACGCGCUCUCCUUUUUUCCCUCUUUCUCCGCUUGUCUUCUUCUUCCCUCUUCACUAUAACGACCUACAAUGGCGUCACCACCGUUGCGACCACCGCUUACCUGUCCCCUGAUCUUCCUCCUCUUCACCACACUAUUCGCCAGCACUUCCUCCGCUGACACAUGCACCAACCACAAGCUAACCGACGGCAGCAACAGCAACAAGCUAUACUCCAACUGCAUGGACCUCCCACAUCUCACCACUUUCCUUCAUUGGACCCACAACGCUACCAACUCCUCCCUCUCUGUCGCCUUCGUUGGGUCCCCGCCACAUCCGGGCGGCUGGAUCUCGUGGGCCAUAAACCCGACCGGGUUGGGCAUGGCGGGGGCACAGGCACUGGUGGCCUAUAAGGAUGGCAAUAACGGAGCCGUAACGGUCAAGACCCUCGACAUCAAGUCGUACAGUGAGAUGGUCCCAGGGAAGCUGUCGUUCGAAGUAUGGGGCUUGAAGGGUGAGGAGAGUGAAGGAGCCAUAAUGAUCUUCGCAAACAUGAAGGUGCCAGAGAAGGCUACCACCUUGAACCAGGUGUGGCAGGUGGGGCCCUCCGUCACCGCUGGGAGAUUUGACAAGCACGACUUCGCUCCGGAGAAUCUCAAUUCCAAGGGGACGCUCAACUUGAUUGGAGACCAGAAUGUUAGUGGUCGUGCAGUGGACUCUAGAACCAAGAAGAAGAAUAUUCAUGGAGUGCUGAACUCUGUGAGUUGGGGUGUCCUGUUUCCCCUUGGAGCAGUGAUAGCAAGGUAUAUGAGAACGUUCCCAUCCGCAGAUCCAGCUUGGUUCUAUCUUCAUACUGGCUGCCAGGUAUCUGCUUAUGCAAUUGGUGUUGCUGGCUGGGCAACUGGUCUUAAACUUGGAAGCGAAUCAGCAGGGGUUGUCUACAGUGUUCAUCGCAAUAUUGGAAUUACCCUCUUUUGUCUUGCCACUAUACAGAUGUUCGCAUUGUUCAUAAGGCCAAAGAAGGAUCAUAAAUAUAGAUACUUUUGGAAUAUCUAUCACCACAGCUUUGGAUACACUAUAAUCAUCCUGGGCAUUAUCAACAUAUUCAGGGGCUUUGACAUCUUGAAUCCUGAAAGGAAAUGGAAAUCAACUUACAUUGUAGUGAUUGCUUCAUUGGGUGCAGUCGCGUUAUUGUUGGAGGUGAUCACCUGGAUUGUUGUCGUGAAGAGAAAGUCUAGCACCAAACCAUAUGACGGAUACAAUGGACAAAGCAGGCAACAACCCUUAAACAUGUGAAUGAUCAAGUCACUUGUAUAUUUUAGGUUUUUAGAUACAUAUGUUAAGAUUAUUAUUAGAAGUUUUCAAACAUUUUUAUUUUAAUAAAUGCAUAUGAAAUGGCUUGAAUAUUUAAAUUUUC